GUAUGCUUUCCGCAUAUUCCCGCCAAAUGACGCAGCACCAAACACACGCCACGUGGCUGGGCCCCGCCGCCACUCUCCCCCCUUUCACCACCGCCUCUCAACAAACCCACUGCGCCAUCUAUCCUCUCCCUCGGAUUUCCCUCCCUCCACCGUCGUCUCUCACAAUGUCCAACGCCGUCGAUCCACUCUCCUCCACGCGUUACUGUGAGGAUGAUGAACACAAACACAUACCAGAUCCUGAGAACUUGGAGGAAAAUACGAAAUCUGGAAUUUUAAAAAAAGCCAAAAAUGCAUCUAGUAAAUUCAGGAAUUCUCUAAGAAACAAGAUCAAACGGAGAAAUGAUUCUGGAGUUUGUAAAGGUGAAGAUAUUCAUGAAAUCCGGGAUCAAAAGGCUGUCGAUGCUUUUCGGCAAGCACUGAUGAUGGAUAAUUUACUUCCUUCGAGAUUUGAUGAUUAUCACAUUAUGUUGAGAUUUCUGAAAGCGAGGAAGUUCAACAUCAAUAAGGCAAAGAUCAUGUGGGCUGACAUGCUUGAAUGGAGAAAGAAUUUUGGUGCUGAUACAAUCAUGGAGGACUUUCACUUCAAAGAGUUGAACGAGGUUCAACAAUAUUAUCCUCAUGGUUACCAUGGUGUUGACAAGGAUGGACGACCUGUAUACAUAGAGAGGUUGGGUAUGAUUGACGUUGAUAUGCUACUGCAGGUCACAAAUGUAGACAGAUUUGUAAAAUAUCAAGUCCAGGAGUUCGAGAGAAGUCUUUCCAUAAGAUUUCCUGCAUGCUCAGUUGCUGCAAACAAGCACAUAGGUUCAAGUACAACAAUUUUGGAUGUUGAAGGAUUGAAUUUAAUGAGUCUCACUGGCCCUGUUGUCGAAUUUAUUAAAGUGGUUCAGAAGGUUGAUAACGACAAUUAUCCUGAAACACUUUCGCGAAUGUUUAUUGUCAAUGCUGGUCCUGGCUUUCGGAUGAUAUGGAAUGUGGUCAAACCAUUACUUGAUCCUGAGACAACUUCGAAAAUCCAGGUUAUUGGCAGCAAUUAUCAGAGAAAGUUGCUUGAAGUAAUUGAUGAAAGUGAACUACCGGAUUUCUUUGGUGGUUGCUGUACCUGUGCAAUUGAAGGGGGCUGCUUGAGGUCUGAUAAAGGACCAUGGAAGGACCAAAAUUUACUGAAGAUGGCUCCGGAUACAGAAGUGCAUCUUGUGCAGACAGCAUCAAUUUCAGAUAAUGAUGCAACUUAGUUGUCAUGAUGUAUCGUGCUGGGAAGUAUACAGUGAGGAGCAACUGGAUGCACUGCGCUGGAAAAUCCGGAGUGCCUUCCUGAGCACUUCGUUGCAAGUAAUAGACAUAUAUAUUGAUAGUUAGGAAUUUCCCUGAAAUGUUAAGAAUGAGGGAAUGUGCCAUUAUUGCAAUUCGGGAUCUAUUUAAUUUUAUCUUUCAGUAACUACUAUGAUUAUGUAUCAAAUCGUAUGAUUCAUUGAUGAGGUGAAAUGUCUGUGCUACCUUUGCUUUGCA